CUUUUCGCCCUGGCAGCUGAUCAAAACUUUAAGGCUGCACUCUUAGGCUCGUGUGUUUUCUUCGUUAAUCAAUUACCAGUUUGCGCCAACAGCCUAUAAAGCGCCUUUUUUUUCUAUCAAUGGGGCUCCACUGGGAACCUUUGAAAAGCAGGCAGGGCUCCGUUUUGACGAAGCUCAAAAAAGUCCGCGGGGAAGUUCCCUAGGAAAUCCCCCAAGACGGUUCGGGGAUAUUACUCUGCACACUGAUGCGCCAGAGCUCCGACUCAAUUCACCUCCUCGGUGCGCUUCUGAAGACGCGCGGUCCGAAGCAGAGGCGUCAAAUGCUGGAUUAUUAAAAGACUGAUCCGUGUGUCGAAGCUCACCAAGAAGCCCUGAGAUGGAUAACGUCAGUCUGAGCCCGGAUGGCGACGCGCUCAAGGACAAAAUGCGCAGCUACAGCGUGCUGAAUACUCUGUACCAUGAGGCCCGGCAGGAGAACGAGCUGCUCACCAAGCAGCUGUGCGUAAAGGACAACAUCAUCGCGGAUUUGACGUCCAGGCUGGGGAGACACGAGAGGAUCCUCAUGACGAUGGGGGAGAAGGAGUCAGUGGUGAUCGGUCCGUCCAGCUCGCUAGUGGAGAGUCUGCUCAAAGAGAUCCGCAAACUCAAGCAGAAGAGGAACGACAUGGAGUUCAAGGCAGCCAGACAAGCAGAGGAGAUCCAGAGGCUGAACGUGCAGCUCGGAGAGAAGGAGCUGGAGCUGGAGAGCAUCAGGUGUCAGCCGGACCACGAGAAGGACCUGGAGAUCCAGAGGCUGCGGUCGGCGCUGGAGGAGAGGGAGCGGACCGAGACCACUAGGGCCGUCCUCUGCACGUCGCUGGCCGAGGAGGCCGACCAGCUCCGCGGCCAGCUGGGGGCGACGGUGAAGGUGUGUCAGGAGCUGCUGGCCAGGAUGGAGAAAGGGAAGAGGGAGGCAGGAGGAGGAGACGUAGAGGAGGCGGCCCAGCAGCACAAAGCCAAGGAGACGUCAGAGUCCUCAGACGUGAGCACUGCUAAGGCCCAAAUCCGUCAGCUUCAAGAGGAGAACCAGCAGCUGAAGCAGCGUGUUGCAUAUACGUCAGAGUCCUCAGAUGUGAGCGCCGCUAAGGCCCAAAUCCAUCAGCUGCUGGAGGAGAAUCAGCAGCUAAAGCAGCGUGUUGCAUAUGUGCAGGGUCUGAACUCUCAGUGGCAGAAGUACGACUCCAGCAGGGAGGAAUACAUCCGAGGCUUAUGCCAGAGGUUGAAGGAGAGCUCUGGGCAGGGCCUGGUGCCUGUGAUGGGCUCCGUCAGCAGCACGUUGCUUCAUCAAGAGAUUUCCAGGCUUAACGGCUUACUGCAGGAGAAAAUGAGCGAGUGUUCAAGGUUGGGUCGAGACGUGGAGGAGAUCCGGAGACGAGACCAAGAGCGAAUCCAGACGCUGGAGCAGCAGGUUCUAAUCUACACCGAUGACUUUAAGUCAGAGCGAGCUGACAGAGAGCGAGCUCAGGGGCAGAUUGAAGACCUGAAGAAGCAGGUGUCUCAGUUAAAACAGCAGCUACACAAACAGGGAGCCAGCAGAGACAGCAGAGACGUGGUUCCCAUGUGUCGAGUCCACAUCGGACACAGGAUCACCUCAAGGCGAAAUAAGGACACUUCAGAGCCUCUGUUGAGGACAUCUGCUGAGAAGCAGCAGCCUGCAGCAGCUGCAGCGCCAGACUCUGCCUGGAACGAAUGCACAGGUCUGUCGGAGCUUCAGUGCCCUCAGUGCCUCGCCAGGUUCAACGACACGGACGCUGCAGAGUACCUGAACCACUGCGAGGAGUGUGCUCAGCUAUAAGCGGAACAACACUCAUUUGGAAAUAACAGUUAUCUCAUACUGACAGUAACUGAACACUGAAGACCGGCGCUACACUGCAGAAAAUCACCCGUGGAGAUUCCAAUUCGCUUGACUACAACUGAAAUAACUGACUUAAGUUGUUGCUUUACAUAGUGAAGCAAAACUGUACGACCCAAACUUCCCCUCUGGCAAGAGAAAUUAGCUCAUCAAGUCUUUUAAGUCUGCAUAGUCUAAAAAAAAAAAAAAAAAAGAAUCCAGUGUCAGGUUCUGAGAGUUCUCCUGUAGCAUUGCAGGAGGUUAUUGUAGUGAGAACGAGGAUGUUGAUGCAAUAUAUCAAAUAUCAUAUACCUCAGUGUGUCAAAUUACAAACCUGUUGCACUUUCUUGACAUUUUUGCCAAAAACUAAUCGUAGGAUCAUACGAUUGAGAGAUUCAUAAUGCAUAAGCUUCUUAUUUUGGACAUCUAGUCGAUAAUGUGGUGCUAUUGUUUGUUUAUAAUUGAACUUCCUGUUCUGUAAAGUAUAUAUUCUUAAUAACAGAUUUAAAAUUAUCUAACUAUAUUGAUAUUUAUUCUCUCUGUAUAUCUACCUGGAAAAGGCAAAUCAUUUUAGUGCAAUUUUUUGUUGCCUUUUUCUCACCAAAGCCAUAAAAUAUACAUCUGUUUUUUUGGUGAACCUUUGGGAUCAAAAAUGUUGAAUACAUUACAACUAGAGGAAAAUGAUAGAUUCACUUUUUGAAAUGGUGCCUGUAAAGAUUGCAUCCCAACUGACAAUAUGCUUAUUUUUUGGAGAUGUGCCAUUUUUCUGGAGGUGCCAUUAUUUUUGUAAUAAAAGUCUGCUUACCCACACGUUA